GAGAAGAAGAAGGAAGCGUUCCAGUUCCGGCGCGACGUCGAGGACGAGAAGCUGUGGAUCGACGAGAAGAUGCCGCUGGCCGAGUCGACCGAGUACGGCAACUCGCUGUUCAACGUGCACGUGCUGAAGAAGAAGCACCAGUCGCUCAACACCGAGAUCGACAACCACGAGCCGCGCAUCAUGACGAUCUGCAACAAUGGGCAGAAGCUGAUCGACGAGGGGCACGAGGAUGCGGGCUCGUACGCGGAUCUGAUCAGCCAGCUGACGCAGAAGUGGCAGGAGCUGAAGGAUGCGGUCGAGAACCGGCACCGCCAGCUCGACCAGUCCGAGAAGGUGCAGCAGUACUUCUUCGACGCGGCCGAGGCUGAGUCGUGGAUGAGCGAGCAGGAGCUGUACAUGAUGGUGGAGGACCGCGGCAAGGACGAAACGUCCGCCCAGAAUCUGAUGAAGAAGCACGAAAGUCUGGAGCAGUCGGUGGAGGACUAUGCGGACACGAUCCGUCAGCUGGGUGAGACCGCCCGUCAGCUUACGACCGAGCAGCACGCGUACAGCGACCAGGUGUCGGUGAAGCAGUCCCAGCUCGACAAGCUGUACGCCGGACUGAAGGAUCUGGCCGGAGAGCGCCGGGCCCGCUUGGACGAGGCGCUGCAGCUGUUCAUGCUGAGCCGCGAGGUGGACGAUCUGGAGCAGUGGAUUACCGAUCGCGAGGUGGUGGCCGGUUCGCACGAGCUGGGCCAGGAUUACGACCACAUUACGCUGCUGUGGGAACGGUUCAACGAGUUCGCGCAGGAUACGGCCACCGUUGGCAGCGAGCGGGUGGCGAAGGCGAACGGCAUUGCGGACGAUCUGAUCCAUGCUGGGCACUCGGACAGCGCCACCAUCGCGGAGUGGAAGGACGGGCUGAACGAGUCGUGGCAGGAUCUGCUCGAGCUGAUCGAAACGCGCAAGGCGAUGCUAGCCGCUUCGCGCGAACUGCACAAGUUCUUCCACGACUGCAAGGACGUGCUGGGCCGCAUCAACGAGAAGCAGCACGGCGUGUCGGAGGAGCUCGGCCGCGACGCCGGUGUCGUGUCGGCGCUGCAGCGCAAGCACCAGAACUUCAUCCAGGACCUGAUGACGCUCCACUCGCAGGUGCAGCAGAUCCAGGAGGAGUCGGCCAAACUGCAGGCGGCGUACGCGGGCGAGAAGGCGCGCGAAAUUACGAACCGCGAGCACGAGGUGCUGAACGCCUGGGCCCACCUGCAGUCGAUGUGCGAGGAGCGCCGGGGCAAGCUGGCCGAUACGGGCGAUCUGUUCAAGUUCUUCAACAUGGUGCGCACGCUGAUGCUGUGGAUGGAGGACGUGGUGCGGCAGAUGAACACGUCCGAGAAGCCGCGCGACGUGUCGGGCGUCGAGCUGCUGAUGAACAACCACCAGAGCCUGAAGGCGGAGAUCGAUACGCGUGAGGACAACUUUAGCGCGUGCCUGGCGCUCGGCAAGGAGCUGCUGUCGCGCAACCACUACGCGUCGGCGGAUAUUAAGGAUCGAUUGCUGCAGCUUACCAACAGCCGGAAUGCGCUGCUCCAUCGGUGGGAGGAACGUUGGGAGAACCUGCAGCUGAUCCUGGAGGUGUAUCAGUUCGCUCGGGAUGCUGCCGUCGCCGAGGCAUGGCUUAUCGCACAGGAACCGUACCUGAUGUCGACCGAGCUGGGCCACACGAUCGACGAGGUGGAGAAUUUGAUCAAGAAGCACGAAGCCUUCGAGAAGUCUGCCGCCGCCCAAGAGGAACGCUUUAGCGCAUUGGAGCGAUUGACAACGUUUGAGCUCAAAGAAAUGAAGCGUCGCCAGGAUGCGGCCGAGGAAGCGGAACGCCAGCGGCUCGAAGCGGAAGCGGCGGCAGCACGUGCGGCGGCCGAGGCAGAGGCCGAAGCCAUCCGGCAGCAGGAAGCAGCCGCAGCCCGUGACGCAGCCGAUGCACCCGGAUCGCCACAUUCCACCCGAGAGCAGGAGUCAGUCACUAUGCGUGCCACUUCACCAGUAGAAAAAGAAAGACCCAUUUCCCAGACAGUGCAUGUGCGAAAACCCCGAACACUGUUCGGUUCGUUUCGAAGUGCGUCACUUGAGCAAAGCACUUCCAUUUUCAAAUCCACCUACUCGUCCUCCUCCGGAUCCACCGGAGCAGUGCCGAAGCGAUCCUCUUUCGCCGGAGAAACGCUCGUGUCGCGGCGGCAUUCUGGCGUACCGAAGGAGCGAUCCAGCAGCUCGGCCAGUGCAUCGGCCGGCGUCAAGGUCAGUCGACGGUCUCGCUCCAAGAGUCCGUUCCGCAGCUUCCGGUGGAAACGCACCGCUUCGAAGGCGGACGACGGGGCAGCCUCCGAUGACGAAGAUCGUCCUAGUCCAGGUGGCGCAGACGAAGGUGCACAGGAAGGCAUCCUUACCCGCAAGCACGAAUGGGAAUCCACUACCAAGAAAGCUUCGAACCGUUCCUGGGAUAAGGUGUACUGCGUUGCCCGCACCGGCCGGUUAACGUUCUUCAAGGAUCAGCGAUCGGCGAAAUCGGUACCGGAGCAGACGUUCCGCGGCGAGCCGCCGCUAGAGCUGAAGGGCGCCCAGAUCGAGAUCGCCAGCGACUACACGAAGAAGAAGCACGUGUUCAGAAUCAAGCUAUCGAAUGGCGGCGAAUUCCUGCUCCAGUGUCACGACGAUGCGGAGAUGCAGCAAUGGGUAACCGCUUUGAAAGCACAAUGCGAGCUUGACGCUAGCGGCGAAGGUCGUUCGCUAACGCUGCCCGCUUCCUCUCAGAAGGAUGAACAGAAGAGACGGUCAUUCUUUACACUGAAGAAAAACUAAGAAAGUUACGAAAACACACAUAAACUCGUUAAACAGACGAACAAUUACAACAUUGCAGAAAUAGAAGAAAAAAAAAAACAAACACAGCUAACAAUUACAAACUAGUUAUCCUUAGAAACUUCUCUCGCUCUCGCAAAACAAAAAAAGAAAACAUACGGACACAUACGAGAGCCACCACACAUAACGCCGCAAACACACGAAAACAAUGCGAACACAGUCGCGUCACGCAAACGCUAUCCUUAAGCCAGCCAUCCAAGCGCGGGCUCUGUGCGUGUUUGCCGCCUCGAUCGAUCUUUGUUCAGGCACUGGAAGUAGCUUGUUAAGGUGCGCGCGCGACUCCCCCUCAGUCUCCCAGACUUCCCCAGAUUGGAAUGGAUUGGUUCGUGUUUCGUUUUCCGUUUGAGUUGUUCUACCUCUUUUCCGGGGUGUGGCAUUGAUGUGUAGCAACAAAAAAUGCCCACGAUUGGCGCCACAAAGCUUCAUUGGAUUGGAUGGAUGAUGAUGGUGUACAACUAAUGGUGGAUGCAGCGUGUGCCCUCUACCGUCGGAAGCGAACGAGAUAGAGACCGAGAACGCGCGAACCUGGGACGCUGGAAGGAUUCACCACGACGUGGUGGUGGUGAAGAAGCAGCAGCAAGCGAGCGGGGUUGGCUUUACACGAUGCAACAUUAUUUUGUUUUUAUUUGUUAUAUCGAUGAGGACUAUAUUUUUAUUGCGUAUACAAAUUAAUUAUUUUACAUUAUAAAACUUGACGAAAAUGGCGCCAUGCGCAAGUAUGUGUGUGUGUGUAAUGCAGAAAAUUAAAAAAAAGAAUGCAGAAAUCAAACUAUUGACGUCAGUCAAGAACAAGAGAUGUGAAAAUUCUCAAUUUCAAUGCAAUUUCAAACUCACACACACACAUACAAAGAUAUUGUAGGACAGUUUAGGCGAUUUCUGUUUCGGCUGAAACAGUUAGCUAGAGCAGCUAGGCAAGGUAAGCGCAAAAGAACUUUGUGAAAGUAAUACAAAACUAUAAAGGCAAAACGUUGUAAUAAAACUCCCAUCGCAAUAGAUGUUGGUAGUGGAAACAAAACUUUGUAACAAGAUUGCGCAUGCUUUAAGGCGUUCUAAAAGGCAACAAAUGUAAUGAUGAAAUCAACCAUACACAAACAAACAAACGUAGAAAGGAUGAAACAUUUCUGACAACAUUCAGACUAGAAAGGAGCAAAAUGGAGAAACAAAUACAAAAGAGUAGAAGAAGAUGCGGAUGAUGAUGGUAGCCAACACAAGCGAGCGAGCGCUACGACGCAACGCCAGGCGCUUGCUGAAGUAAAUCCCACGAUCAAAACAACAAUUUAUAGUGCAAAUUUCCAAUGGGAGAGGAUUGCAGAAGGAGAAGCAAUCCUUACAUACAAAUACAAAGAUGUAAAAUCGAAGUAAAGAAGUAGUAAUAUAUUUAUUUAAAAGCAUAAUUUAUCGAAACACAAACACGUGUGUGUGCUCGCUUGAAGGCGCGAGCGAAAAUAGUAAAGCGAAGAGAGAUAAGAACACAGCUAGCUAACGCGAUACAUACAGAAAAGAACCAUGUGAACACGCAAAUAAAUCGAAACAAAGUGAAAUGAAAACAUGAAAAUGGAAGCAUUACUACUACUACUACUUCUACUACCUACCUACCUACCUAUCGCUACUAUAACACUUCAAAGAGGCUUCAGUUUCGUUUCGUAAAAGAAAAGAAACUCGAACGCGUUUCGGUGUGGUGUCUAACAUGGGAUGAAAUGAUGAUGAUGAUAAUGAGAGGUGUUUGUUGAUAGGCAGCUUUUGUUGCGAACUGUAGGGGAGAACGAUCGACGAUGGAGCACAACAACGAGAACAGCCGUUUAUAUGCACACUUUCUCCUCACACACAAGCUUAUUUAGCGAUGAACAGAAGGCAACAUUCGCUUGAAAUGGUUGCAAUGGAAGGGAAACGAAGCUGAAGCUUUUGUUUAGUAAGUUUUCCCUUUUCCGCGCCCAAUUUCGAUCAGCGUCGAGCUGGAUUGAUUGCUAUUUGCUUCCGCUUGCGGCUUAUGUGCGUUUGCCAAGCCUAUUAAAGCCUUUUAUCAUUCUACUCGUUGGAAGCGGGAGAUAGAAAACGGGUGACGCCAAACCCUGUUGUCACAUUAUAUGUAAUUGCCGUACUUUGCAUCGCGCCGUGUAUGAUGUGCGUGUAUUAAUUAUUUAUUUUUGCAUAACCAUAUAAUUUAUUGGUUUUGUUUGGCUCUUUUAUGUUUUUAUUGUUUGUUUUGUUUUCUGAUUUUAGCUUAAGUGUGAAGAAGGCUACAAAAAUGGACAAGCGUAGGAAACGAAAUUGUUAGCAUGUGUGGGUUUGUGUGUGUUGCUAAAAAGAGCGGAAGGAGUUUAAAUAAUGUGCUGAAAAUAGCAAAACAAAACCACUCCAACUGUGUACGAAAUAACAACAAGAAGUAUAAAGGUGAAAAAUGCAACAAAUACAACAAAAGUAAGUGUGUGUAAGCUUGAAAAAAAAAACCCGAAAAAGCGAAGAACAACUUCAUGCUGCAGUGUUACAAAACAAAAGCUGCAGUGAUGCGAACAGCGCACUCUAACGCAAAAAAAAACAGCUAAACUAAAUUAUAAAAAAAAACUUUGUUUUUUUAGGAUUGAAAGAAACAAGCAAACGAUACAAUGUGAGAUGAGAAAAUUCAAUCAAAUUUAAAUAUGAAUUAUAUAUUUUUAAACUGCCAGCAGCCUCUAUGAUUAGAAAUGCAGUAAGAGAGGAAGCAGAGAGAGAGAGAACGAUACAAAAUGCAUAAUGAUUAUUAUAAUUAUGAUUAUUAUUAGCGGUAGAUUAUAUAUAUAUAUGGAAGAAAGAGAAGGAAAAAACGAUUACACGCGGAAAACGGUGGAAUAAAUAGCAUUACGUUUAAGUAUUACGAGAUAAUCUACACGACGGUUUUGCUUUUGUUUAUGUUUUUCUUUAUUUUUAGCGUUUCGUUUGCUUCUGCUUGGGCAAAACGCGCGCUUUGCCUUUGCGUGGAUGGAUCGAAUGAUGGUGGAACGUAAGAGGCCAUGUUCGCGAGUGGAAUGGAAAGAAAGUGCACUUUUUUCUGCCAACAUAAAGCAUAAAUGCAUAUAGAACGAACACACGCGGGGACACACGGUUUGUGAUGACCCGAAAAGAUCGAAUAGAAUCGAGAUGAGACGGGAUGAGCCGGGGCUUAUAUAAAUGUAUGUAUUAUUAAACCUACUGUACGCUUGUUUGUUUGAUUGAUUCCAAUGUUUGGGAAUGUGUAUAAUUAACAAAGCUUUCUUGCUGAGUUCGAAACGGCAUUAUUCGUUAAAGUAAAGAAAAAAAUGUGCGACGAUACAGAUGAAAAAUGGGGAUUAAAAAAAAAACAACGGGGAAACAAGUUUAAGUGAUACAAAAUUGGGUACAAAUUAUUAUAACACAAUUGGAAACAGCAAGUAACCAAAAAAGGAGGAAAAAUUCACAU